CACACUGGUAGCCUCUCACAACCAUCCAGUCCAGUGAGUGAGAGUGUGUGUCUGUGUCUGUGAGUUUGGGGUCUUGUGCUCACAGUUGGACGAUGUCAUGCAGGCUGUAGCAACAUGUGGAGGGCAGCUCUUGUUCUGUACCUGCUCUUGGUACUCGGUCAGCCACUCUGGGCUCAAGCGGAUGCCACAGCUGCUGCCGUCACUCCUCAGGACUGCGGUCUGGACUGUAUCCGACAGGGAGGACCGGGAUGUGAGUACUGCAGAAUAACCAGAAGUGAUGUCAAGAGGGCUCUGGGUUUUAACUCCAUCAAAGAGUUUGGAAGUUGUAUUCCCUGGCCGUGUUUUCAGCUGCUAGGGGAAGAAGACCCUGAAAUCUGUCAGCACUACGUCCACGCACCAAAUGAUGUGAAGGUUGAAUCUGUACACGAGCCAGACCCCAUGUCUGACACUAUUGUUGUCUCCUGGAAGCCCAGUUACUAUGGGAUCGCCUUCCUGCGAGGCUUUCAGGUGUCCCUCCAGGCUUUGGGAGGGUCUACUUUUGCCUGUCAGCUUUUUCUCUUCAACCGUAACCUCUCCCUCCCAGCUUCACAAGCUCAAAGGGUAUACAAGUCGGACCCUUUCCCCGGCCUUUCCCUUGGGUCCCAGUAUGCUGUUACGGUCAUGGCUCUGCCGGUGCCUGAGGAGUGGGAGAGGUUCUACCACAGCAAGAUUUUCUCCACUCGAUCAUGUGCAGAGAAGAACGGUCUUGAGCAGUGCAAAAAGGACUGGUACCCCAAACAUGUUAAGGUCCAGCAGGAAGGGACUGCCAUCACUGUGACCUUUAACCUGGCUCCACCAAACCUGGGCAUCACAAGCUACUUCUCACUUUGUUACACAAACGGCAUCAAGAAAUACACAGACAUAACACCUAUUGCCACCAAAAACAAAACUUACCACAGCUAUCAGCUGAAUGACCUUCAAGAAGGAACCAAUUACACCUGCGAGAUUGCAGCUAACGAAGUGGAUGCAGUGCGGAAAACAUUCAAUGUUCGGGUCAUGCGUGUUGAGAAAGAAGGUACACCGCCGCCCUCUGUCACCCCCUCCCUGGCUCUGAUGCUCCCACUGUGCCUGGCUGUGGUAGCCAUAGUUGUAGUCUUACUGGCUGCUCUUACCUGGAGAAGAUCCAACCUGCAGAUGAAAGAACUUGACAUAAAACCAGACAUCAUCAGGCAGCAUCCAGAGAGCGGGACUCAGGAGGAAGCGGUAUCAUUACCGAGAAGCAGGCUGACCCCUCCUCGUCUUCUGAUUUGCUACAGCAGCUAUGAUGGCCCCGCUCAUGUCAAAGCUGUCAUGCAGCUAGGGGCCUUCAUUCAGCAGCACAUGGCCACUCAGGUGUGCCUGGACCUGUGGGACUCUCUGAGCCUGGCUGAAGAGGGCAGUAUGGCCUGGUACUGCCGGCAGAUCCGGGAGUGCGACUUCAUCUUGGUGAUCUGUUCUCGGGGCCUUAACCACAGACCUAAGCCUCCAGAGUCAGAAGGUGAUGACGAAGAUGAGGAGGGGGAGAGGGGUCUGGCCUUUGGGUCCAGCGCCUUCAGCUCUGAUGCAGCCGUCCAGCUUAUUGGAGAGGAGGUGGGCCGAGCCAAAGCCAGGGGCCAGGACCUGUCCAAAUACAUGGCAGCCAUUUUUGAGUACUCUGAGGAAACUGACAUCCCAACUGAGCUGAGGCUGGUAUCUCACUACACGCUGACAACUGACCUGCCGCUGCUCUUCUCCCACCUCCACGGAGUGGCUCUGCACAGCCCUGGGGCUUACCUGAAGAUAAACCACAUCUCAGAGGGAGGUUUUGCCAAAUUACCAGCCGGAGCAGCUCUGCAGUGGGCUAUCUAUGAGGCUGAAACGGCAAUGAGAGCAGAAAGGCAUCACAAUCCCUGCUGAUGUGCUCUCAAGCAAUCAACCAACUGUCUCAGCUGUGCUGCAGGGGCAGUAACUGUGCACUUUGAUCUCUAAAACGUGUUAACAUGCUACCUAUGUAUGUGCACAGGAAGGAUUUGUUAAAAAAGUAAAAAAAAAUGUCCACUGAUUUGCAUGAUGGUCAGUAAAGCUAAAUACAUUUGAGAUUUUCUGUUGUUUUCUGUUCACUUUAUUUCAAUGUCAUGUAAAAAGCCUUUACAAAAUUAAGCAUUGUAACAUUAGCACUGUACAUAAAAAUCCUAUUAAACUCAUAAAUGAGUUAGUGAAGUUAUUCUGUGAGAAUGUUUACCUUGAGCUGGAUACUGAACAUUGUAUGCAUGCAUGCAUGUUUACAGUCAUGCUUAUAUUUUAUUUAUACAUGUGCAUUUUUCACAUAUAAAUAAGAAUGAAUAAAUAUACCCGAUCAUUCUUCAUUUUAUGCUGAUGUUGGGUUACACACCUUGUCAAAUGUGAGCUGUCUUGUAUUUUAUGUUGUAUUUCUGUCAUAGUCAUAUACAUAUGUUACUUUGUGAAUCUA